UAAAUUUGAUAAGCAUGUUGAGUAUGUUUCAUUUCUAUCUAUGAUUUUAUCAAGAAAUCAUGGUUUAUCCACCUGUUUUUCCUUCAAAUAUUUUAAAUCAAAUUUCCACUAUGGUGGUAAUACUACAAGUUCAUAAUAUUUUCGGUGCAAAUACAAAUAUUAGUCAAGAUCUUCGAAUUAUUAAUGGAAGCUAUGCUUUUUAUCAAGAAAAUUUUUCUUAUCAGGUAUCGUUAUCGAAAUUUGGCCAACAUUUUUGCGGCGGAACAAUUUUAAAUUUGGAAUACAUCGUAACAGCGGCUCAUUGCGUUUAUAACAAUCGAAGACCGUCGGAUAUUACGGUCAAUUUAGGAAGUUUAAAGCAAGGAUUAGGCGAUAAAAGAAAAGUUACGGACAUUUUUAUGCACCCCGGUUAUGACAAUAAAAAUUUAAGACACGACAUCGCAAUUCUUAAGAUACCUUCAUUAGGAAAUUUUACUAAUUUUAUAAAAAAUAUUACAUUACCCGAUUCAUCUCCAAAAGCAGGAACUAAUUGUACUGUAGCUGGAUGGGGUGUAACUGAAACGUCCGAUUCGGGAACAUUGCAUUUAAAAUACGCUAAAGUUCCAAUUAUUUCGACACCUCGGUGUAGAGCUAGUUAUAAGGAUCAAUUAAAAAAGGAGAUGUUUUGUGCUGGUUAUUUAGAAGGAGGAUCUGAUGCUUGCCAAGGCGACUCCGGUGGUGGAUUAAUUUGCGAUCAAAUAUUAACUGGAGUGGUUUCUUGGGGUCACGAAUGUGGCGAAAAAUAUUAUCCAGGUGUCUACACCGAUGUUUUUUAUUAUAAAGAUUGGAUCCGUUCAAAAUCUAAUUGUUUAAAAUUAAUUUCGUCGCAUCUAUUCCAAGAAAAUAAUUGA